UCACUUCAAUCUAGCAAGGAUCUUUCCUGCAGUGGCCAUAUUUGUUGAUGUGUCACCAAAGAUGGUGGAUUAAUGAAGAUAGGACCUUCACGUGGGCAAUAGUUCCCUCAGGACUUUUACGAUUGUCAGUUCCGGGUCGGUCUACUUAGUUCAUUGACUUUCAUUCAACCAGAAAAAAACUGGGGGAAAAGGGAGAGGGGUGUCUCGUUUUCUUUUCCGUCUCUGGUGUUACUGUCACCUCAGCGACUUGUUGGGGGUAACCAGCUGAGCUGGAUCAGCUGUCAAGGAAAGUGUCGAUUUUUUUGUAACAUCGGAACCUUACCAAAUGGAUAUAUCAUAUAAGGAGGAUCAGAUGGUGACAGGGGUCUCAGCAGAGUCAGGCAGCCAGGGAAGACCAGUCUGUGACAGAGGUGUGAAGCUGAGGAAAACCAUGGAGCAGUCUGACCCAGCCUCUGCCUCAGACCUGACCCAGGGGUCAGAGGUCAACUCCCUGCCGAAGGCGUCAUCAGGGAUCAACAAGAGCAACAGGAGUGACACAACGAUGGAGGAAAAUGAGGUCUAUGCAGAAAGGGGGAAUGAUGUCGAACAGGAGAGUCUGGAGGGAGAUGGGAUACAACACAAGAAGAAGAAAAAGUGCCAGCAAGAGGGUGGAGAGGAGUCUGUCAAUGUGGACAUUAGCUGUGACAUUGGGACAGCCUCAAUGGAAGACGCAAGAACUCUUGUAGAUGGGACAACUGAACGUCCAUUCUCGGUCUUGGAUGAGGUAAUGGAAAGCACCAACUCAGUUUUGGAGGUGACGAUAGAAAGCUUGUCGUCGCUUCUGGGCAAGGCAGUGGAAUCUCCACCCGCUAUUCUAGUUGGAGUGGGUGACUGCUCAACCUCUAUUCCGAACAGAGACGCAGAAUCUCAACCAGCUGUUGUCGAUGGCCCCCUCAAAUGCUCCGUGGAACCCUCCCCCACAAAGGAAAACGUCAUUCAAGGUUCAGUAGUCACCAAUAGCCCAGCCACGCCCUCCACACCCAGCCCUGCCUUUGCAGACCCUGGAAUUUCCAGUCCACGAACGAUGGCCCCCACGAACACCAACUCUUCGCCCAGCCCCUACGACACGGACUGCAGCCGCAAGCUCAUGACUGAGAUCCAGCGGUCGGUCUCCCAGGAGUCCCUAUUGGAUGAGCUGGAGCAGGAGUUGUUCUCCUGCCAGCUGCCCGAGAGAGGGGGAGGGGGGCGCAAGGGUGGACCCCAUGUCAAUGGCAUGCAGGCUGACCAGGACGGCUCCCCAAUGGUUUUCGAGAAGUGCAUCCAGUACAAGUAUGUGCAGCAGGAAAAGGCUAUCAAAAGGCUGCUGGAUGAAAACAACAAGCACCAGGAGCUGGUCCUGGCUAUCUGCUCAGAGAAGGACACCAUGAGGGAAGAACUGAAGAGGAGGGUGGAGACUGAGAAAAAGCACAUGUGCACCGUGAAGAAGUUGGAGGGCCGGGUGGAGGAGCUGCUGAGGGAGUUGAAGGAAUCCAGGGACAAACUGGUUUACCAAGAUGGCGCCGCGAAGAACGCUCUGCAGCAGUUGCACAGAGAGACUGCCUACCGGCUAGAGCAGGCUGGGAAGAAGUGUGAGGAGGCGCGUCAGGAGAAGGAGGCCAUGGUGAUGAAGUAUGUUCGUGGGGAGAAGGAGGCUCUGGACCUGCGCAGGGACAAGGAGGGUCUGGAAAGGAGGCUGAGGGAGGCCACCAAGGAGGUGGACCGCCAGGCCCUCAGGGGAAACCAGUUGGCCCAGGAGAAAGGCCGGCUGCAGCAGCUCCAUGACACCAAGGAGGGAGAGGUGAGCAGGUUGAAUCGGGAGUUGGAGAACGUCAAGGAGGGGAUCAACUCUCACCUCAUCAAGGUCAAAUGGGCUCAGAACAAGCUGAAUAGUGAGACCGACGCCCAUAAGGAGACUAAAGUUAAGCUACGAGAGACCACGGCCAAACUCACCCAGGCCAAGGAGGAGACGGAGCAGAUCCGCAAGAACUGCCAGGACAUGAUCCGCACAUAUCAGGAGUCAGAGGAGAUCAAGUCGAACGAAUUGGACGCCAAGCUGCGCGAGACCAAAGGCGAACUGGAGAAACACAAACAGGAACAGACAGACCAGCUGGAGAUGCACCGUUCCAAGGCCAAGGAGCUAGAAGACCUAAAGAGGACAUUCAAUGAGGGGAUGGAUGAACUGACCACUCUGCGCGCAAAGGUGAAGUGUCUGGAGGAUGAGAGGCCUCGCUGGGAGGAUGAGCUCUCCAAGUACAGAGAGAUCAUCAACAGGCAGAAGGCUGAGAUUGCGAGGCAGAGAGACAAGCUGGGAGAGAUACACGCACUGGAGGAACAACACCAACGGGACGAGCAUGAGAUGGUCAGUCUACGUGAGGAGGUGGAGAGUGUGAACGUCCAGAUUGGCGACCUCCAGCUGGAUGUGCAAGGCAGCCGGGAGCGGGAGGCUGAGCUCCUGGGCUUCACGGAGAAGCUAAGCAGCAAGAACGCCCAGCUGCAGUCGGAGAGCAAUGGCCUACAGGCCCAGUUGGACCGACUAGGCACCAACUCCAUGGAGCUGCAGGGCCGCCUGGAUAAGACGCAGACAGCACUGGCCGACCAGACUGAGCGUCUCCGGAAGGAGGAGGCCCUGCGGCAGGAUGAGGUCCAGGCUCUGCAGGCGGAGAGGGCCACGCUGCAGAUGGAGACGGCCCAGCUGAAGACCCGUGUGGAGGAGCAGAGGGACGAGUUGCAUACCCAGAAGAGGAAACAGGCGGCCAACAUCAAGGACCUGACCAAGCAGCUAACUCUAGCCCGUAAGAGACUGGAGCAGGUGGAGAAUGGUGGCUGUGACCGGGACGUCAGCAGCAUGGGAAGUCGCUCCAGCUCCUCAGGCUCCCUGAAUGCGCGGCACGGCGGCAGCAGCAUGGAGGAGCGCUCACUGGAGAGCCAGUCGGGCCCAACGGUGGUGGACAGCUACCCCGAGGUGGACAAGGCCGUGCUUGUGGAGCGUAUUGUGCGUCUACAGAAGUCCCACGCCCGCAAGCAGGAGAAGAUAGAGUUCAUGGAGGACCACAUCAAGCAGCUGGUGGAGGAGAUCCGCAAGAAGACAAAGAUCAUCCAGAGCUAUGUGCUGAGAGAGGAGUCGGGCGCCCUCUCUUCAGAGGCCUCAGACUUUAACAAAGCCCAAUUUGGCAGGCGGGGGGGCAUCAUGGCCUCCCUAUACACCUCCCACCCGGCUGACAGUGGCCUGACCCUUGACCUCUCGCUGGAGAUCAACAGGAAGCUGCAGGCCGUGCUGGAGGACACGCUGCUCAAGAAUAUCACACUCAAGGAAAAUCUUCAGACGUUAGGGGCGGAGAUUGAGCGACUUAUCAAACAGCAACGAUAGCUGGAGGACAUUGCUCAGAGGAAGUGGCGCAUGCUAGACGACGGUGUCUGAAGGAAAUUAUAGAGGACCAAGUGAAGAGGGAAUGUUGAAGACCCCACCAACUAUCUUGUGCCACAUCAACAAUUUAACUGAGACACACACAUGCGAACACACACAUGCAUACACACACGCACACACAUCCACACACAUGCACACACGCAGUGUAAAGGAGCAAUUUGAAUGUUGAAUACCAGUCGCCUGUUCUCAUUUUGAAAACCCCCAUGUUCUCAACUCUUCUCUCCAAUGGGAUGAGUACUCAGAUCCUCUGACCAAUGGAUUGUCCUACUAUCCCCCCCCUUGCAUAAUCUAAUACACUUUCCUGGGAUGCCAAGGAUAGCUUUAUUUAUGAAUGAAUUGAAAGGAUUAUGUUGGUUAGCAUUUUCUGAAGCCAGUUUCUAAUGCAGGUCCGUGUGCAUGCCAAUCCUUAUUACUCUCCCAAAAAAGUGUUUGUGCCAAUUUGCUGAAUAUAUUUUUGAAUUACCGCUGUGACCCCUAACGCUUACAGUAGUACUCUCACUGUGAACCAGUAACUAAAGACUACUAAUGCACUCAACGCACAACCCUUCAAAAAUUUGUCCACCAGGUCCACUUUCCUUUUUCGCCCUACAAAGCACUUAAGGCAAAAAUGUUACUUGAGAUGGUUUUUCAUAACUUGUAUUUCUAUGCAUAUCUCCCAUUGACAUCAAAUGUUCAAUUUAUGACAAAGUAUCUGGAGUCAGGAUUCUCUAGUUGGCCUACAUUCUGCAAACACCAAUGUCAAAAAAUAACUCCUGGCUUGACCCCAAAUGUCCUACUAUGAAGUUGUAUAAAUAAUAAUGAGUUCAGAAUCUAGGGCUGGUCUUUAGUUGGUCAUUUAAUGUGAUUUAUUUAUUUCUGUCAGUUUUGAUUGGCAUUUAAUGUUUUCUUUAGCUUUUGCAGAGUUUAAAAUCAAGUCCAUUGCUCUCUCUCCUUUCUGUUCUUCAUUUUGUCCAUUCACUGAAGGAAAUCUUUUAUAGUAUUAUUUUAUAUUCAAUUGUUUGUUUCCAUCCUUUCUCACACACUCCCUUGUUUUUACUGUCAUUAAUUUGUAGGACGAAGCAUUGUAGGCUCCCCCCCCCCCAUUUGCUUCUUCACCAGUAUGUUCUUCAGCUGUCAUAGUGAGGGUCACCUGGCCGAGCUGGAGGCGUAUGGUCCCGGGGAUGGGUGUAAACAACAUUUACAUUUAAAGGUAGCCCGACCACUCGCUCAGAGUAGAAGAGCUGACAUGCACCUGCAACACACUGGCUUCUGGCCAUGCUUUUGUCAAGGACAUGAUAAAGAGUGACUUUUCCUCAGCCACGGCUGCCUUGUCUAUGACAAAUACACACACACACACACACACACACACACACACACACACACACACACACACACACACACACACACAAGUAUGAAGUAUAUGGAGAACUCUGAUGAAGGACUAGCUCCUAAGCUGCAGUCUUUGGUUGUAGUUAUUUUCCCCCUAUUUGUUUUUUGUCACCUAUGUGUAACUAUUUCGACUAUAGUGUAAAGGAGGCCCCUCUUGACGCCUCUGGGAUUUUAGUGUUUCUCCCACCAUUGUUUAGGUGGGAUGCCUUCUCCCCCAAACAAGUCCACUUGGCCCCCCGCUAUUGAACAAUCACCGGAUCGAUUUGUUUUGUGUAAUUUGAUGUUUACGGCUUGUUGGUUUGAGGGCUUUUAAGUCCCGCUUAGGAAAAAAAAAAUCUAGGGGAAACACUACUGUUCUUUUUGCACCCUUUCAACUUGGCAAACCGAAAACACAGGAUUCACAACCUGGCUCUCUACUCCGCAACAGUGCGUAGAGAACAUGCAGCGUGGGCAAAUGAGUCAAUCGAUUUUUCAGGACCAGCUUGAGAGACUAUUCAAGAAGGAAUUAUUCUGAAUAAAUACAUUAACAUAAUGAAAUGGCUUGCGGACAUCUCGUUAUUAUGCACGGAGUUACCCAAAUACCCCAGAAGCAGAGCUAUAUACACUGGGUAAAACAGUUUAUCAUUGAUCAGCAAACUGUUGAUAUGGCUUAAAGAUUAACAUUGUAGAGUAUCUUCAACCAAUGAAGACUUUCACCAAUCAAUAAUUUUUGUAACUUGUCAUGUUACAAAGGCAACAAUUAUUGUUCAUUUGACACAGCAAAAUAAUUUGCCUGAAUCGUUUCAUUACUGUUUAAUUUGAUUGUCAAAUGAACAACAUACUAGAUAUCUUGGUAAGACAAAUGUAGUGACUGUGGAUAAUGUGGUACUCUUAUGGUUAAAGAAAUGUGUCCUCCAUGACAACAAAAACAUUGGAAGCAUAACUCUAGUACCUGUUUCACACUACUAAGCCAUGCACUGGCCUGGUUCCGCAUCCACCAUAGUUGCUGGAACCUUUACUUUAAACGUGCUGGAAAGUACAAUUUGAAUUGUGAAAAGGGUCAAACACUCCCAUGUGUGGUCCAACCUAGGCCUACAUUCUCACAACAUGAAAACAUUGGAGCAAUGUUAAAUUAAUGUUAUUUGCCUGGGAGACCAGUCCACAAAGAGAGAGAGUGGCAAAUGUGUCUCCCGUACCAGUGAAAUUAGCAAUAUGAACAGAUGUGUUGUGAGUGUAAAAUUAUGACUGACUAUAGCGAGAUGUUGGUAUUUACUGUUGAUUGUCUUGGUGUUGUUCGAUGUGCUCUGUUUGAUUGAAUAUUCAAACUGUGAUUAUUAUACAUUUGUAGAUAUGAUCUUCUGUAAAAUGGUCAAAUGUUUUUAAAAUUCCAAAUCCAAUAUGUAUAUAUGGUGUUUACAGGGAAUAAAAGAGAUGAAUCUCUUUGUUUCUCUUCA